AGAAUUCGAAACGUGGCGUGUGGCGUCGUCACAUGAGUUCGUCCAUACGAGUGUGGAGAAGCGACGGAAGACGCAUGAUUUCCUAACACAAUCUGCUUUUUUCACCCCGACUAGGCAGACAGACGAAAAACUCAGUUUUAUACGACAACACUUCGACGCUUUUACACCCGUUUUUAUGCAUUUUGCGCAUUUACUUCACAGUAAACCUAACUGUUAGCAUUAGCCGCAUAGCUCGACUUUAUUAUUGCGUCUGUGAACAUUGACUUCAGCUUUGAUCAGCCUGCCCGUGGAUUAAUCGUUCAUGUUGGCCUAUCUCAACCGAAGACUCAUUUUUCUUAUGUGCAACCGCAAUGUCACAUAGUAAACACAAUCUGUUGUGUAAUUGCUAUUCGAAAGGCUAAACAAGUGUGGUGAAGAAAAAAAUCAUCUUGUAACACUGGAGAUCAGAUCCAGGAAAUCUAUUCAAGAGAUCAGACUGAAGCAUUACUGAUCAAGUACGACGAAACCAGACCAAACAAAGAGGACGAGGAUCUACAGCCACAUCACUUCAUAUACAAGGGCGAAUAAAGCGCAUUUAAACAGUCUGAUAUGAUGUUUCCACAAGCUAGGCACUCGGCUUCGUCUCAAUCGACACAGCCGCUCAAAUUCACCACGUCGGACUCUUGUGAUCGCAUCAAGGAUGAGUUUCAGUUCCUGCAGGCACAAUAUCACAGUCUAAAGUUGGAAUGUGAUAAACUGGCCAGCGAGAAAUCUGAAAUGCAGCGUCAUUACGUCAUGUAUUAUGAGAUGUCAUACGGGCUUAACAUUGAAAUGCACAAACAGGCAGAGAUUGUAAAGAGAUUGAAUGGGAUCUGUGCGCAGGUGUUGCCGUACCUGUCUCAAGAGCACCAGCAGCAGGUCCUGGGGGCGAUUGAGAGAGCCAAACAAGUCACUCCUCCUGAGAUGAACUCGAUCAUUCGGCAGCAGCUUCAGGUUCACCAGCUUUCUCAGCUUCAAGGUUUGGCGUUACCCAUGGCCCCUCUGCCAAUGGGCUUGACUCAGCCCACCAUGCCCGCCGUCACCUCCAGCUCUGGUCUCCUGUCGCUGUCCAGCAUCCUCGCGUCUCACGCUCACCUGGCCAAAGAAGAAAAGAACGCACGCGACGCAGCCGACGGCCACCGCGAUGACGACGCCGACAAAUCUGACUAGCACAACGGAGACUGAGAGGGAUGACAGGAGGAAGAGAAAUCUGUUCAACCAUUUCCACUUACUCUUUCUUUCUCUCUCUAACUAGAUUCAAUCUCACUUUCUCUUGUUCUUCCUCGCUGCAGUCUGUCCCAAAUAUUCUGAUAUGAAGAAAAUGAAUCAUUUGUUUGAAUUGAAACUUUGAUUCACUUGCUUCACUCACAGGCAUUAUUACUGAUGUUCAUAUUUAGCUAUAGAGAUUACCGUAGUAGAGACUUGGGUGGACAACACUUUAGCAAUCAAAAAAGCAGCCAAUCAGAGCACCCAAUACAUCAGAGUAGUCAUAAAACGCACCCCUGUUAACCAUUCGGAGCAUUGUUUUGCAUUACAUUUUCUUCUGAAUAUGUAAAACUAUUUUCUCUUGUUAAUUAUUUUUGCUUUUUUUUUGACUUUUUAAGGUUACACACACACACACACACACACACACACCAUGGGCCUGAUGUAUAAAUGUUGCAUACACAAAAUUUAUAUAUAAAAAAAAAUGUGCAUCUGAAAUCUUAUAAUCUUGACCACAUGUCUCUUAUAUUUUGACCACCCGCAAGCUUAACUAACUAACCUUGCAUCAUUACGGAAAGAAGGUCCAAAAGCACACUUGUUGGUUAGUGAAGCACUUGCAUUGGUCGGCUCUGAACCCAUCACAAUCCGAUCCAAUCCGUGUUAACCAGUGAUUAUCUUCUUACCGAGACGUUAACUUUCUCGAAGCCUUGAGCUGACACAAGUCCCAAUAGUCUAAGCGACAGUACUGUCACAUGUGGUAUAUGCGAUUUCAAUAGAAAUGAUCAAACAAUUCUCACUGAAAAUGAUUUGUCUAGCGUUAGUUUGCAGUGUAUGUUGUUCCACGUGUGGCCAGAAGGUUGCACUGUUUAGCAAAUGAGUGCGUUUUGGGUUAUUUGUAAAGAUGUGAGAGGAUGUUUGGAAUGGCAUACUAGCAUACUACCAUUCGUAGCGUAGACAUUAUCUGCAUGAAAUACGUUGGAUGACUACGUCUGCUAAAAUGUGCAUUAACGACACUUCACAAAAUCGUGUUUCCCAUAAUGCACCCGCGCAUUGCAAGACUAACAGAAAUAAUACGAAUUUAAAGGGAUAGUUCACCCGAAAAUGAAAAAUCUGUCAUCAUUACUCGCUCUCGUGUUGUUCUAAACCUAUAUGAGUUUUUAUUUUUUUAUUUUGAUGAACACAAGAAUAUAUUUUGAUGAUAAGCGCACAGCUGCCGUAACCAUUGAAACAAAUAUUAUGGAAGUAUUGGGAUAAAUGAUGGUAAGCACACAGUUGAUGGUACCCAUUGAAUUCCAUCAUAUUUGUUUUUCCUACUAUGGACGUCAAUGGUUACAGUCAGCUGUAUGCUUACCAUCAUUUAUUAAAAUAUCUUCUUUUGUGUUCAUCAGAAAAAAGAAAUUCACACAUGAGGAUGAGUAAAUAAUGACAAUAUUUUCAUUUUUUGGUGUACUGUCCCUUUAAGUAACUUUCUUGGUUACUCUGUAAAGAGUUGCCAAUGAUAUAACUGAACAGAUAUGCAAUGCCACAAUGAAACAUUAUUGUUUGAACACUAUUUUGCAUGCUAUAUGUUUCCCAUAGUACCUCCAAAAAUAGUAGGUUGUCUACAGUCUGCGUUUGGUGGUCUGCAAGUAUUCGAUUUCAGACAUAGACAUGGCGUUUUAAAGACAUGCUACCUAUGGGUGUGAAUAAGUGAUGGUGCAUUAUGGGUAUUUUUUCAAUUUUUAAGUCAAGUAAAUGUUUAUGUGCCCAUAAUUCAUUUCUUUUCAUUGUUAUCACGUUGACAGUGCUCAUGUGUCAGUGUGGUAUACAUGCUGAAAUCUAGUUAUAUAAAUGGGUUAAUGUUAUUUUAAUUUUAGAUUUGAUUUCACUCGAAAGUUUUUCCAAAGAAAAUGAGAAAGGGUUAAUUUUUAAAACGAUGCGUGCUGCCGCGAUGGGCCAGUUUAUAUACAUAUAUAAAUAUAUCAAUAUACAUAUAAUUUUGUAAAGAUUUUUGUAUGUAUAAAGCUACAUUUAUGGUGUAUGCGUGCCGGAGGACACCCGAGACCAGUUUUGAGUCGUGGAUGCUGUGAUAUACAGAAAUCUGUCAUUAUGUAAAAUGGUCUGGCUGCUUAGUUGCUUCACAUUCAAUACCUCUGCCCUUGUCUCUAUACUUCUGCUGGACCUCAACUGAACCCCCCCCCC